AUGCGCAUGAAGACUUUCAAGGCGGACAUCAAGGGAUCACCCGGACUCAUGAGAAGCUACGUACCGAAUUCUACUGGCCCAGCAUGUACGGACGUCCAACAUUUUGUGAAGGAAUGUGUGGACUGCGCCAGUGGAAAAGAAGCUCCCCCGAACGCUGGACCUUCGCCAGGAGAUAUCGAACCACGGUGUCCAUUCGAGGCAGUUUCUAUGGAUUUCGUGACUCACAUGCCCGAGCCAACCAGAGGGAAUACUUUACUCUUGUUGUUUCAAGACAUGUUUUCAGGAUAUGUGAUGUGUAAACCCAUGUCGUCUACUACCGCUCAAGAUGUCGCAGAGGCAUAUGAAGAACAAAUUCGGGGCGUCUUCCAUGAUACGGACGAUCAGGACCCGCGGUUCAUGAGUGAAGUGUUCACAAGGUUCCGAGACCUCUUAGCGAAUGGGCAGCAGGAGAGAUCUGUACAAACGGUCAUUCAGAGUGUUCGAGCAUACGUCACCGAGAUGGAUCAGUCCGACUGGGAUGAUCACGCUGAGCGACUGAUGUUCGCCCUGAAUGUCUCGUUCGACGCGACUAGACUGGACACCCCUUUCUAUUUGGUUCAUGGUUGA